CCAUGAGUAGCCCAUACUUCCCAGCUCGGACGGUGCUAUUUGAGAGGGAGGAAGGUGGAGUGACCUAUAGGAUACCUGCCCUGCUCUAUGUCCCCAAGAAGGCCACUCUGCUGGCCUUUGCAGAGGAGAGGCUCAGCCCUGAUGAUUCCCAUGCAAAUGUGCUGGUUCUGAGAAGAGGUGCCUUCUACAGGACCUAUGUGGAGUGGGGAGCCAUGCGAGUUGUGAAGACAGCAUCUCUGGAGGAGCAUCGGUCCAUGAACCCCUGCCCCGUGUAUGAUGAGCUCACUGGUACUGUCUUCCUCUUCUUCAUCGCUGUGCUGGGCAACACCCCGGAAUCCUUCCAGAUCAUGACUGGCAAGAAUGCGGCCCGCCUCUGUUACGUGACCAGUUCAGAUGGGGGUGUCACCUGGAGCGCUGUCACUGAUCUGACGGAGCAAGUCAUCGGCUCUGUUAUAGAAGACUGGGCUACCUUUGCCUUGGGUCCUGGCCACGGCAUCCAGCUGAGGUCGGGCCGUCUGCUGGUUCCUGCUUACACUUACCACAUCGACUGCAAGGAGUGCUUCGGGAAAAUCUGCAAGACCACUCCUCACUCCUUCACCUUCUAUAGCGAUGACCACGGUCAGAGCUGGCAGUUUGGGGACUUUAUCCCCAACCUGAAGACCGGGGAGUGCCAGCUGGUAUCCGUGUAUGAGGAAGAUGGCAGCAAUAUUCUUUACUGCAAUGCCAGGAGUCCCCUGGGCUGCCGGGUGCAGGCGCUCAGCAUGGAUGAUGGGGCUGCCUUUUUCCCAGGACAGCUGGUCCGGAAGUUAGUGGAGAGCAACCGAGGUUGCCAUGGCAGCAUCGUUGGGUUCCCAGCUCCUCUCAUCGGGAGCUCCUCUCAAUGUCUGUUACAAGGGGAGAGCUGGUUGGUCGGUGGCUGUGAUUAUUCCCACUUCCAGCAAAAGCUUCGUGUACUUCAGAAACACAGAGAAAAGAGUGUGAGAAAUCUCGCAGUCACCUCCGUAAAGCGCGCAUCCCAGUGCCGUCCACCAUCGAGGAUCUCUGAAGAAUCUCCGAAUUCUGCUGCUGAUUCGGGCCAGGCUCUCUCAGGAUCUUCCACCUCAUUCCAGGCCCCCACUUGGGUCUUGUAUUCCCACCCCACCAGUCACAGGUCUCGGGUAAACUUGGGCGUCUACCUUAGCACUUUCCCCAGAAACGCAGACAGCUGGACCGAGCCCUGGGUGAUUUACGAAGGGCCCAGCGCAUACUCUGAUUUGGCAGCGAUCGAAUUGCCCUUUUCGGAGCCCUCCACUCCGGGCAUUCCGGCCAUCACUUUCGCCUGCCUCUACGAGAGCGGGGCCAGGUUUGCCUACGAAGAGAUCUCCUUCUGUCUGUUCACACUCUCUGAGGUCAUCGAGAACAUCCCCACAAAGGGCCGCUCACCGACCCAGAGCUGCCAAGCGGGAGGCAAGAACCACUGGAAAAGCUGCGCGACUUCCUGAAUGCCCUCCUCUCACCGUCCUGGAAAGGGGGCCCAGGACAGCCUCGAGUUUUUAGUACAGUCUCCACCGACCUAUAGAAAUACCCAAACACCGUAGCAUGGUUCCCCUCAUUUGAGAACUUAUCCUCAGUUGCCUGUGCACAGUCACUGAGGUUGGCACAUGGUUAAAACAGUGUUUAAUGUGUUAAACUCACUUUUUCUUUAGUUUGAUGGUUUCAAAAUACACAUAGGGCUAGCUCCUUUAAGAAUUUGGGCUGUACCUUUUACCUGAGGAGGAUCCCUUAAUGAAUAAAUUAGGCUGUUGAUAAUUUUUUUUCAGUUCUGAAUGGAGGCCUUUAUUUUCUGCCUAAAGUCAUUCCUAAGAUUUCCUCUUCUGAUUUUUAUUUUUCCUUUGAGUCAUUCUGAAAGGUUCCAUGACCUUUGGGUAUUACACAAUAUUUUGUCUUUCAUUGGGUUCUCUUUGGCUUCAUUUUGCAAUAUUUGCUAAUUAUACAUGGAGAUCUCUUUGAAUUUUUAUGCAUUUUUCCUUCAGUUUUUUUAGUAGCCUGGGAAGGGAUGCUGCAAUUUUGGGUCAUCUCUACCUUAGCUCUAGGCUUCUGGCACAAACGUGGCUGCCGGGGACUAGUGGAAGUGGAUGGAUGUCUUACUUUGUUAAAUACUAUAAGUAGUAAAGUUCUCCGUUGUUAAUUAAUGAUAUUUUUCAGCUUGAUCAUAAUGGUCCUUUUGUCUAAUCUUGUCAUUAAGCUCUAGAAAUUCUAUAAUCAAUUCAUAAGUUUGUUGCUUGGAAGUUGAAGUGUUAAGGAGUUUGUGGAGAGUUACUGAUCCACCAUUUUGCUGGUCAUGUGUCUCACUCCUGAAUGACCUAAUUAGGAGGAGUUGAAGAGGAGGAACAGUGCCCUUCAAUGCACCCAGGUUUGGAUUUCAGGGAUAUUAGCAAUGAAGAGACCUGGGACCCGGAGAAAACCACCGUUUUUUAGUUGAUGGACUGGUUGCUUUAACUGGGCCAUUUCUUGAUUUGUAAGGGUAGCCAAGGGUUGGCCUUUUAGGCUGCAUCAUGAUAAAUACAAUAUCCAGAAUAAGGGAGGUGAUGGUCCCAUUGUCUUCCCUUCACCAAACUAUCUCUGGAGAAGCAUGUCUGGUCCUGGACACCAGUUUCAGAAGGACAUUGAUGCUCCGGAGAUUAUCUUGAGCAGAGUGACCAAGACAAUUUUAAAAAAUUGUGUAUUUAGGACUCAAAUGAGGAGCAGAAAUUAGAAUAUCAGAGAAGAAUUAAAAUUGGAUAUUUGAAAUACUAGGUAUGUAUGAAUGAGGGCACAAACCAAACAAAUAUUAAAAGAAAAGGCAGUAGCCAAAAUAGUGAUAAAACUGUAGAAACAUUUUCUCUUUUAGCACUUGCUCUUGUUUCUUAUCCAAUAUGGAUCCUGGCGGCCAUUAUCUCCUGACUCCCAGUAUUGUGUCCUUUUCUCAGGUCAGUGACUGGCUCAGUUUUCUGUCCCCCAAGCCCAGCCAUCAUUCUGGGGGACUUCAAUGCAUGUGUUGAUCAGUCCUCCAAUAUUCUAAUUUUCCAGGCUGUCAGGCUCAUUAUCUCCCACCUGUGAGAUACACAAGGGCCGUCAUAACGUUAAUGUUGCACUCACCCACAUGUUCCACUUCUAUCUUUAAGAACUGUAAAAUUCCUCUAUACAAUCACAUCGUCUAUAACUCUCUCUCUCCUUAUCCCUUCAUCUUCACGAUGACUUCCAUUUCUUCCAGCCCUCAGGAUUGGACAAGCUCUCCCCCUUGCUCUGUUUACACUCUCCUUAUUUCUCCAAAUGGAGCCUUAGGAACCAGCUCAGCUUUACGCUAUUCCAUUGUUGCCCUCUGAUCACCUCACGUGUUGUCAGUCCCCAACCCUGAACUUCUCUCCAAAUGUCUUCUUCACUCUUGUUCUUGCUGUGAAAGGAGGUGGGGAAGUCACAGAAGCCCUUGGUUUUGAAGUAGAAUGAGUCUACUGCAUACUUAUGUUAUGUAACCUCCCCUGGACCCUCAUUGUACGAAUCAUUUUAGAGCUUUACAAGUACAUGUUGCCUACCCCAUUAGAACGCAAGCUUCCCGGGGGCCUGGGCAAUUUCCCAAUAUUCUCUGUCCUAUCUGCUAAGCUUAAUUAGCACAAAGUCUAAGCGCUUGACAGUUUUUUCGUUGAUGGGCUGGUUGCUUUAACUGGAUCAUUUCUAGAUUGUAAGGGGAGCCAAGGGCUAGGUUUUAGGCUGCAUCUGAUAAAUACAAUAUCCAGGAUAAGGGAGGUGAUGGUCCCAUUGACCUCCCUUCACCAAACAUCUCUGGAGAAGCAUGUUUGGUCCCAGACACCAGUUUUGGAAGGACAUUGAUUCUCGGCGAUUAUCUUGAGCAGAGUGACCAAGAGGAUGAUGUGAGUGGAAAUCACCCCAUGUGUAGAUAUGUGAAAAAAGUGAAGAUGUUUAGUCUGGACCAGAGACUGGCCACACAAAAGCUGCUCCCCAGUGUUAAAGGUCCCCAAAGGGCAGGACUUGGACCAGUGGGUAGAACAUAGACUGAGGCUUGGUUCCUAGCAAAUGGAGAUACCCCAAAGGGCCACAGGCUAUCUCAGCAUUUGGAAAACCCCACUUCCUCAGAGCUCUUCAAGUGAAGAUCGGAUGACAAUUUGGGGGGUACGUCGUGGAGAGGAUCGUGGGUUGGACCUCAAAACCCUAAUCCAGCUCCAUGAUUUUAGGAUCAUGUGAAUCAAGCUACUACUUUAUGCACUGUUUUUCCAAAUAAACAGUUUUAUUUUUCU